UAAUUUCUAAAUCUCAUGCCUAAUUUCACAAAAUCUUCCACGGCUCUCCAAAUUUGCCGAGUCUUCCAGCUCCAUUCGAAAACCUGCUGUCGUCGUCUUCUACAUCCGUCGAAGCUUCGACGUCCGACUGAGUCUUCGACGUCUGACCGAGUCAUCAACGUCACAGUCCACCCACUCUUCGACGGACACAGUCCCACCAUCCCCACCAGUCCCUUCGACAACGCCGUAACAAUAUGAGUGGAAGCCCACAAUGGAACGGUCGCCUCAAGAAUUCUUUGAAGAACUUUGAUCUUAGUAGCCCUGAAGUUAAGCAGCAAUUUGAUCAAAUUGGGCUUACACCUGAAGAAGUUAUUUCCAAAAUUAUGGCCAAUCCCGAAAUUGCAAUGGCAUUUCAAAAUCCAAGAGUUCAAGCAGCCAUCAUGGAUAUAUUUGCAGAUGGCAGAUUGGCAUUUAAUGGAUUAAGCAAAACUGUAAAAAAGGUUGGACGGAGUUCAAAGGAAAGUUUGGUUUUGGAGCCUCUUUGUGAUGAGGUUCAUCAUCUACCAAUAGAUAAUAAGAUUGGAUACAAGGACUUACCCAGUGGGUUGAAUGGGUUUUCUAUAUUUGGGGAGGUCAAAAGGUGAUUGUUGAUGUUGAUUCCAAAAGGCGUUAAAAGUUGUUCUCAGCCUUCUACUUUAAAUCCCAGCACUUCAUAAUCCAUUUUCAUUCAAAAGGUUGGUUUUCUCUCCUUUUGUACUUUGUGCUAGUGCAUCGUUCGAUCUAUUUUUUACUUUUAGCCAUUGAUAUGCUUGUAGGUGUUUUAGCUUUGAGUUUUGUUAAGUAUGUGGGCUGAAUUUGGUGCUUGCGCUUAUGUGUUGUUGAAAAGUGUAUGUAAUUUAGCUAAGUAUGUGCUUUAUGUUGUUGAAGUGUGUUGUUGAUCAUAAAGUGUUGUUGAAGUGUUAUGUUGAUCAUGAAGUGUUGUUGAAGUGUGUUGUUGAUCAUGAAGUGUUGUUUAAGUGUGUAUGUAAUUUACCUAAGUUUGUGGGCUGAAUUUAGCUAAGCUUAGAAGUUAUUAUUCUUGAAGUGUGUAUACGAUCUAUAUUGUUGAAGUGUGUUGUUGAUCAUGAAGUGUUUUUGAAGUGUGUUGUUGAUAAAAAAAAGUGUUGUUGAAGUGUAUUGUUGAUUAUGAAGUGUUGUUGAAGUGUGUUGUUCAUCAUGAAGUGAAUGUGAUGUGUUUAUGUGGAUGAAUGUGUUGUCUUGUUGAAUCAUUUUUUUCCUUUUCUUUUCUUAUUAGGUUUUGCCACAAUCCAUUGGAGCAAUGAAGCGACAUUUACGUCAAUUUAUUGAUGUAUAAGCUUUUUUGUAGGUUUGGUAGGAAAUUUUUUUGUUUAAAUGUAGUUAUUUAAAUAGUUUGUUCAUACCAAAACACAUUUGUACCAACAAUUAAAGCAAUAUUACAAAGUGUGUUUCUUUCUA